CACACACAAUCUGAAGAAACCCAUCAUGUCUCUCGAAGGAAAAGUUGCGAUUGUCACUGGCGGAGCGCGCGGAAUCGGCGCCGGCAUCGUCCGCAGUUUGAGUGAACAGGGUGCAAAGGUGGCAUUCAACUACGUCUCCCCAUCUUCGCGCGAAGCUGCAAAUGCGCUUAUCGAAUCGCUCCGACAAGACAACCAUGAAGCCGUUGCAGUUCAAGCCGACAUCACCGACCCAAAGGCCCCGAAGAUGAUCAUACAAGCAGCUCUUGAUGCUUUCCAGACAGACCGAAUUGAUAUCCUUGUGAACAACGCUGGCGCGGGUGACAACCGGCCGCUGGAAGAAGUUACCAUGGAAAGCUACAUGCACCUGAUGGACGUCAACGUGCGAGCGGUGGUCUUCAUGACACAGGCUAUACUUCCAUACAUACCCCGCGGCGGUCGAAUUAUCAAUUUGUCGUCUAUAUCUUCUAGGGGCGGUUAUGCCACCCAGUCUGUGUAUGCAGCCAGUAAAGCAGCAGUGGAGGGUCUCACACGGGUGUGGGCAACAGAACUUGGUCAUAAAUACGGAGUAACCGUGAAUGCGGUCAAUCCCGGCCCUGUUGAUACAGAUAUGUAUCAGGCAGCUGGAGAAGUGCAUUUGAAGCGGAUGGAGGAGCAGAACAAGAAGGUCCCGGCUGGGCAGCGAUGUGGAACCGUGCGAGAUAUCGGGGACAUUGUGUCGUUCUUGGCUGAAGAGAGGUCCCGAUGGGUGACGGGAGAUGUGAUAUGCGCUAAUGGUGGGAUGUUGUAUAUUUAAACAGAGGCUUAUUUACUCAGACAGAGAACUAAUAGACUUGGCUAUUGAUUAUG